UGUCUGUCCCAUUUGUGUGUACAGAGAUCUUCCCGCAGCAGAAGAAUGAUCCACCGGUCUGGGGAGGGCAAUGUCACCUCCGGGCCUGUUGGGGUCAGACGAGCCUCGGUUAGAGUGAGGAAGAGGAGGACCAACUGCCUGAAGAAGAAGAGUUUAACGGUUCCCGGUUGUUGAACCGCUCUAGUCUCCGCCGAUGGUUGACCGAUGGAUUGCAACUUGUUUGGGACCUGAGAUCACCCCCCAGUUUGUUGGUUUGAGGUUUCAUGGAGCGCUGUGGACGAGCUCCUCUCGACGGUGUUCCAACAAUGCUUUGACAGCUCGACACCUUCAGGAUAAUCACUGCAGCUCAAAGUAACAUUUGCCAGAGAUGGAAGACGGCUCUGAGUUGAUGGAGGACGUUGUGUUUCGAGGAGUGGAGUUUUCUGUGAAGAUGGAGUUGGAUAAGAAUUUGCUGAUAGUGGAAAUCUCUGACUCAGUGACAGCAGAUCAGUGGAGGGGGGAAUUUGAUCCUGCAUAUAUUGAAGAUCUCACUCGCAAAACUGGCAACUUCAAGCAGUUUCCCAUUUUCUGUAGUAUGCUGGAAUCUGCUGUGAGGAAGACGAGUGAUUCCGUCACCCUUGACCUCCUGACUUAUGCUGACCUGGAGCUGCUGCGUAACAGGAAAGCCGGAGUGGUCAGUCGUCCUCGUGGCCAUCAGCAGCAGUCAGCCCUGACUGCCAAAAGAUAUCUCAUCCUCAUUUACACUGUGGAGUUUGACAGGAUCCACUACCCAUUACCACUGCCCUAUGUUGGUAAGCCUGACCCAGCUACCCUGCAGAAGGAGAUCCGAGCCCUCAGAGCUGAGAUAAGUGCUCUCACCUCCCAUGGAGGAAAUAAAACUACAGAUCUAGAAAUGCAUCGGCUACGACAAGAGCUUGCUGCAGUGAAAGAAGAAAAGGAAGCCAUGGCCAAGGCUCUGGAGAGGCUGCAAAUGAGUGGGAGUGGUUCUGCCCUGGGUAGAGAGGACUGGAGGAUCAGAGAUGUGGUGCGGACGCUAGAAGAGCAGCUUGUCAAGGAGAGGGCCAAAAGUCAACGCUCAACUAGCAAAAGGUGCCAAGAACAGCGACUCCUAAUGGAGCAGUUGGAGGAUCUGAGAGCAUCGGAGUGUGCUCUCCGUGUUCGGGUCAAGAGUCUCACCAAUGAACUGACGUUACUACGGAGAGGGUUAGACAAUCUAAGCGUCAGAGUGUCUCCGGUGUCGGGUCACAUCGGCACUCGAAUUGACGGGGAGGUCUAUCGUUCUCUUUCACGUGAGAGGAGGUCUGGCUAUGGAGGUGUCAUGGCUCGUUCUGGGUCCAGAGAACGGAUGGAGGACAGGAGACUGAGGUCAGGCGAGAGGGGAAGAAGGGCCGAUUCAUCAGGACCGCGUCCUCACAUACCAAGGCCAUCACCCUCACCCACAGGUUCUCGGGUUCCUCGCUUUGACCCAACUGCCUACAUCCAGGACAGGCAGCGCAGGCAGAAAGAAGCAGAACUCAAAAGACAGCGGAAGGUGCGAAGGGACAUAUUUCCUUCACCCGUCCUCCCUGAGAGGGGCCGCUCCCGAUCCAGAGAGGCCUAUCCUCAGGUGGUCCGGGCUGGCAGCAGAGACAGGAGUCUGUCGAUGGAGCGUAGAGGCAGCAGGAACUCCUCUGGGAGCUCAUUAGCAGAUAUGGAUGAAAUGACCAAAACUCUUCUCAGGGGAAGAAAACAGACAUACAAUGGACCUAGUACGUCUCGAGGCCUUUUAACCAAAAAGCCAUUAUGUAGUACCCCAACACACAGAAGAAAAGACACCGAGGGCUCCAUAGACACAGGGGCUGAGCUGUCAGAGAUUGAUGCAAGGCUGCAGGCCCUUCAGGAAUACAUGAGGGACCUGGACACAGGACACUAAACUGCUGCUGAAGCCCCCGUGUGAACCAGACAGCCUGGCCUGAAGCUCCGGGUAACUGAGGAAAACGUCCUGAAUCAAACAGCAGCUUUUUUUAUUAUGUGUUUAAACUAAAUGACUGCAGGAAUCUACAACCAUCACUGUGAAGGUCACUGGACUGUUUUGUGUGUGUGUGUGUGUGUGUGUGUGGACUGUAAUUUUUUUUACGUCCUAAAUUCUUAAAUUAUUUAAAUAUGACCAAUUCUGUGUGGAAAUUAUAGGUCAUUUAGAAGUUGGCCAAACUUGUGCAUGUUUGCAGAAGUGGUCUGUACUUUGGUUGAUAUUUAUUUUGUUUAAAUUGUUUUAACUCUUAUAUUGAAAGUGCAGUGUUGAUGUCCUUUCAUGUCUACAAUUCUUCAUUAAUGCUUAAUACAGCUUGGGGAAGACAAUAGAUCAUUUAUAUUUCAUGACAUGGUGCGGUUAUAUAAAUCUUUGCUGAUUUUCUCUGGUGGUAAACCCAACAAAAUCUAUGAUUUGCACUCAUGUAUUUGUUUUAUCCUCAUGAUAGAAUAAUAGAAAAUCCACAUGUUGAACAUGGUCCCGAAUGCAUGCUGGGAUAGACUCCAAGGACACUAACCAAGUAGAUUUGCAUGUUGCCAAAAGCAUACUUGUUAAAAAUGUGAUUCUGCCGAAAGUAUAUUGUUUUGGUUUAUUUUUCCAGUUUGAAUUGGAAGGUUCCCAGUGCAUUUUACCAUUACAACUGAUCCACAUGUGCAUUAUUAAUGACGUUUUCAUUGUAUCAGUCCCUUUUAGAUGAGCUCAAACCCUGUGUGGAAAAAUAAAUAUUUGUGCUGACUUAAAUCUGUUUACUUUUACAACCUACAAAAUGGCCAAAAACGUCUUUGAAAUUGUAUGCAAACUGACUGUUACUGUUAUUUUUUCCUGUCUGCCUUUUUGUACCUUCUAAAAAUAAGAAAUAUAACCUUUGUGUAAAAAUGCUUGUGGUUUUUUAAGUGCUUUGUUUCAGUAAUGAAUAAAUGAAGAAUACAGUUUAA